AAUACCUAAUGCGCAAUUUUGAACUCUAACGUCGACGAUGGACCAGGAUUUUUUCGGUACUAAACCGGACUCAGGAAGUUUAGGGGACGAUGUGGACACUUUUGCAAGAGCAAUUUCCGAACGUUCCAUUUUAAAUCCAGUCAUGAACGCAAAGGACCUUUCGCCGAUAAAAUCGAAGCUCCCGCUUUCCACAACCAACUCGAAACCCUCUUCUUCCUUUAGCUCUGUUGAGCCUACUCAUCUUUUACCUUUUAUCAACAACACUUCUGCCUUGAUCAUCGAUAUUCGUCCUCAUGCAGCCUAUUCCUCUGCCAGAAUCCCCACAGCUCUCUCCCUUUCCGUUCCUUCUACGCUUCUCAAACGGCCGUUAUUCUCCCUGGACCGUCUUGGAGCAAUGCUUCCUUCAUCUUCCGCUCGUGCUCGUUUUGCAGAAUGGCCCAAGUUCACCACCAUCGUUGUCUACGACGUAGAUUCUAUCGGAUCUCCUUUCCUUCCCGAAGGCAAUAAUAUCCUUGGCCUGCUCCGCAAGUUUUCAAAUGACGCAGCCUAUAACGGAAACGCUCUUUUUUGGCUUAAGGGUGGUUUCCAGAGAGUUUGGCGUGAGCGCAGGGAUCUUGUUGAUUUCCGUCCACCGGAGCCUGAACCCGAAGACGAUGUCAAUGAGCCUGGUAGUCUGAAAACCAAUCAUCUUCCGUCCAAGGCCUUUGGCAGUGGAACAACUACUAGGAGCUCCUUGGAUCUGUCUUCCCCACGAAAGAGGCCGCCUUCGGCUAUGAGUUUGCGUGCAAAUGCCCCUCUCAUGUCCGAAAAGACUAGCGGCACUUCUUCCGUCCCUUUCAAUCCCUUCUUCGACACGAUCAGACAGAAUAUGGAGUUGACACAGGGAAUAACGGAGCGUAUUCCACUACGAUUACCGAAACGCGUUCGCAAGAGGAUCGAUGACCUUCCUUUCGAAUGGCUCCGCGAAAUCUCUCGUCGCGCUGACGUCAAGCCCGAUGAUUCAUUCACUUCCGACGGUGAUGAAUCUCCUCCAUCUACUUCCGAAAACAAAUCCAAUGCUACAAAUCACUUAUCUCCUAAAUCAUCUGGCAAAUUGCUGCCGCCUGGCAUUCAUUACGAACGUCCAACUUCACCAAUCAAAAUGUCUAAACAACAUCCCACUCCUCCCCCUCCCGAUCAAGCCUUACUAGACGAAGGCAUGGAAGCGCUCGCCAUGCAGUUUUAUCGGAUUGAACUCGCAGAGCAGAGACGAUUGAUGGGUGUUAUGAAGCAUCAUUCAGCAGAAAGUGGUGUGGUCUCCUCGCAAACCCAAGCGCAGAGAAAAGACAUCGUAGAAAGUGCAGAUUCGUCAGGGUUGAGACCACACGUCCCUCAAACUGUUGAUUAUAUAUCUGCUCAUGUAUCCUUGCGAUCGGUUUCUCCCUCUCCUCAACCAGGUCACAUGCGAGAAUCUUUCGGUGUCUUGAACUCCAAUAAGCCGAGAAACGUAUCUUCAGGGCCUAUCGUGCCUCCUAGCAUUUCAGAGUCAGAUAGUGAUCACGGAAGAGAUUCGAAAACUGUCUUCCCAUAUAGUAUUACGGCAGGAGUUGAGAAGGGUGCUAAGAACAGAUAUCGACACAUAUGGCCUUUCGAACAUGCUCGUGUCAGGCUGCACGCACGGCGACAUUCUCCUUCCCGUAAAUCUGCACAAUCUGCAGACUCAUCCUCCUCCCAACCAUCCGCCUCAACAGUAUCCCCUCCCUCAAGUGCCUCAUCCAUCCGACACUCCGGUGCCCUCACCGGACCAAUAACUUCUUUAUCCGGUUCUCCGACAUCUGGCGCUUCCGUCUCCCGCUCUGUCUCCGACGCAACGAAAUCUCCUCGCUCAUCAAAUCGAAUGAAGAGCAGACACGGAGUCAAACCAAGUUUCGGUUCAGGGGGGCUGGGCGGAUUAUCAUCUCCUUCCUUCAAUUUUCCUUCUUCCUCCCUCACUGCACCAGUCAUAUUCAACGGCGCGUCAGUCAUAGGCGGCAGCGCACUCAAACCUAGCUUCACUCACAUGCGUGCUCCUCCCCCUGCAGCAGGAAGUGGCGGUGAAACCACGGAAAGUGAGCACGAACACGAUGAUUCUGAAAAAGAGCCUACAUCGGAGGACCAUGAUGAUUAUGUCAACGCAUCCUAUGUCCAGCCACUUUGUACCACGAGAAGAUAUAUCGCCACGCAAGGACCCCUGGAAGCUACUUUUGUCGAUUUCUGGACCCUGGUCUACCAACAAAACGUACACGUCAUCAUCAUGCUGACCCGCGAAAUCGAAGGUUCGAUGGUCAAAUGCGGACCAUACUGGAAGGACGAAGUCUUUGGGCCUUUACGGCUAAAAUUAAUGUCGGUCGAGGGCAAUGUCGAUGAAGGAAAAGAUGAUGAUGUCAGGAGGAAGGCAGGCGGUGGAGACGCCGUCGGUGGCUUCUUCUUCUCUUCACCCGUCGUACCAGACACCAAACUCGGCAAGAAGAAAAAGAAGAAUCCCGCAGAUGCGAUCAUCAAACGAACUUUUCUUCUCUCUCAUGUAGGCUACCCCGAUAUUCCUCCACGUAAAAUUGUGCAGUUCCAAUACCUGGAGUGGCCAGAUAUGAAUGUCCCCGAUGAUCCUCGAGGAGUGCUAGGUCUUAUUAAGGAGGUGGACCAAGCUGUCACAGAAGCCAUGCACCUUAAUGACCAGGGUAAAGAAGAAGAAGAUACUACAAAGGAGGUACUACCCAGCAAUAUUGAAGCUGGAGUGCCUGCCUUCAUUCGGCCUUCACUAUCUAGAUCGAAGAGUGGCUCAGUGGAAAUUCUCAACCGUAAUACUGGAAUCGCCAAUAAGGCGAUGGGAAGGAGACACUCUCCAGUACUAUUACACUGCUCAGCGGGUGUCGGCCGAACAGGAGGUUUCAUUAUGGUGGACGCAGUGCUUGACGGCAUCAGGAGGGAAGUUCGGAAGAAGAAACUUUGUUUGCAUCAACCACAGAAUGAUUUAAUUAACUCCUUGAACACGUCCGGCACAAUGGACGUCGACGUCAAGAACGAGGAAACGGCCGUUCAAGACGAGCAAGGCUAUUGGAACAGGACUGGAAAUUGCGACGUGGAUAUGGCGGGCAAUAAAACGGACCUUCGGACAGUCGCCAUACCUGCUCAUAACAGUGGAAAUAUUUUAAUCCCCCUUGGUCAAAAGUCUAACAAUGACCUCUUAACGCCUACUGCCCUCUUCCCUACUUUGUAUAAUUCACAGGACAACUCUGGCAAUACUACCUCUUCCUCGACGGAUCCCCUCUUUCCGAGCCCUCAGACGCCAAUGCAAGUCGAUGGUGAUCCCGACACCUCAUCGACGACCAACAAUCACGAGGAUGAAAAGAAAACGAUUUUUCCUCAUCAGUCGUUUACAACUCGUAUGUGGGCCGAAGAUGUUUCCGACCAAACCGGCUCGCACGGCACCGCCUUCCGAGUAGACGAGGCAGUCAGACAUAUGCAUUCUCAAAACAGAUUGAGCGAGUGGGACCCCUCAAACGCUAGGCUGAAAGCACAGAUUGAAGGAAACAUUGAACACGCGUCUUCUGUAGAUCCUAGGAGUAUGGAUGUGAAUAUGUCAGGAUCAUCUCAACAUACUUCGUCAGGGCCAGGACAAAUUGCAACGACUCCAGGCGUCACUAUCCAAAGUAGUGCUGCUGAAGUUGUUGCACGGGGACGACCAGGAUCGAUACCAUUUGUCUUCCCGUCAUCGUCGAUUGAUUCCGCUUCGUCCUCGGAUGAUUCUUAUGAACUUAAGAAUGGAUUGAAGGGCAUGCCUCACCACCGUUUAGGGCAUCAUGUCGUUAAUUCACCGUCAUACGGUGAGAGUGCUAUAACGUCUUCUACAGGCACCUCAUUUUCGUCUUUGCAAUCGCUCCCAGACAGCUCGAUGCCCAAGGCAUCAACGUUGCCGGUUAUCAGAGAGGGCCGACUUCCUGUCCUCAAUGUCCGUGGCGAAGAAGCCAGGCUCAGGACAUGGUCUGCUCCCUCUGCGCGAAGUAUGCAGAAAGUGGCUAAUGACGAUAAUGAACGUACUAAUAAGACAGACGAUCCAGAAAGUCGAGUCUUGCAUGAAGCAUUCACCUUCACAUCCUCUCCUUCGGUACUCGGAGAUCGCAGUCGUGCUGUGGAAAAAUCACCUUCGCCAUUUUCAAGGAUUAGAAGUAUAGAUCAUGACGAGUCUGCUUCUCUUCCCCCUCCAUCGAGGUCUUUGUCUCCACCCAAUAGAACUGAAGUCUCCUCUGCCCCUCCAAACCCCCAAUCAUCGGACAAGAGUGAAGGAUCGAUAGUCGCGGACUCGUCACCUACUUCAGCUACGAAAGCAAAUUAUCUUUCUACAAAUCCUGUUUUCCGCUCUGUGCCUGUGGGAACUGCCAACGAAUCUGCCAACGCUUCCGUCUAUUCCCAGAGUGUUAGCACUGGGAAUCUAGAUUUCUCGCCAUUCGUUAAAGAUGCGCGCAUUAGUACUUCAAGCGCUGAUUUCUCGUAUCCUCGGGCCCUGCAUCAUGACAAAUCUCCGCAAGCGCUCAGUAACCUUGGGGAACCUGUCUUGGAAGUGUUACAAGACAUGCGGGAACAACGAAUGAGUUUAUGUCAGAGUCUACGGCAGUAUGUAUUUGUCCAUGCAGCUGUCAUUGAAGGUGCAUUGAUGAUCGUGGAUGAGGAACGAGAGCGGGAGAGGAAAACAAUCAGGAUGGAUGUUGACGAUAUAUCAUCAAUGAAGCAGGCUGUCUCCUCCACUCCCGGUCCAUCGUCUAGUCCUUCACGUCAUUCGUGGACAACGACGACUGGCAAGCGUGUUGCAAGUCCGACCGAACUUCCCAAGGAAGAUAAGAAGGGCGCUCAGAUGUUGUUCAAGAGACCAAGCAUCAAGAAAAAGCUGGUCCUUUCAAACAGGAGCCAAGGUGCUCCAGAGAGCGAGAUGGCGUGAAAGCGGACAUGUUUCCUGAUAAUCUACCACUCAUAUCUUCGCUCUAUUUCAUGGCAAAACAGAAUUGUACCUUUACAAGAUUACCUCACUCCCAACAUUGCACGCAUUGAUAUAUACAUUGACAUUCAUCGGACAUGUAUCAUAGAAUAUUAGUAGCUUUGGAGCCUGUAGAAAAAAUAUAAUUGUAUCCGUUAUAAUUACUGUGAUAUGGGCGC